ACAGAUGGAGGACAGUGAUACUGAUUUUAAGCAGUCAGGUGUUAGAAGCUCACAGUUUCAAAGUCUCAUCUGCCUCCACUCGGCCUCAGUUCCUCAUCACUGUUCCUGUGCUCACAGUCAUCAAUUACAGAACCCACAACAUGCGCCGUGAAGACAGAAUGUUUCAGACCAGAGGUGUGAUCUUGAGAGCCCUCUCCUUGGCUUUCCUGCUGAGUUUCCGAGGAGCUGGGGCCAUCAAGGCAGACCAUGUGUCAAUUUAUGCCACAUUUGUACAGACGCACAGACCAACAGGGGAGUUUAUGUUUGAGUUUGAUGAGGAUGAGAUGUUCUAUGUGGAUCUGGACAAGAAGGAGACUGUCUGGCAUCUGGAGGAAUUUGGCCGAGCCUUUUCCUUUGAGGCUCAGAGGGUGCUGUCUCACAUUGUUAUAUUGAACAACAACUUGAAUAUCAUGAUCCAGCGUUCCAACCACACUCAGGCCGCCAAUGAUCCCCCUGAGGUGACCGUGUUUCCCAAGGAGCCUGUGGAGCUGGGACAGCCCAACACCCUCAUCUGCCACAUUGACAAAUUCUUCCCACCGGUGCUCAAUGUCACGUGGCUGCGCAACGGGGAGCCAGUCACUGAAGGUGUUGCUGAGGGCCUCUUCCUGCCCAGAACAGAUUACAGAUUCCACAAGUUCCAUUAUUUGACCUUUGUGCCCUCGGCCGAGGACGUCUAUGACUGCAGGGUGGAGCAUUGGGGCUUGGAUCAGACGCUCCUCAAGCACUGGGAGGCCCAAGAGCCAAUUCAGAUGCCUGAGACAACGGAGACUGUGCUCUGUGCCCUGGGCCUAGUGCUGGGCCUAGUAGGCAUCAUCGUGGGCACCAUCCUCAUCUUAAAGGCUAUACAUUCUGGUCGUGACCCCCGGGCCCAGGGGCCCCUGUGAAAUACUGUAAAGGUGGGAAUGUAAAGAGGAGGCCCUAGAAUCUGUAGAAUGUAAGGAAGGGAGGAAAAAUUCAAUCUGACAAGUGUUCAUUGAUAUCCUAAUGGGUUAAAAGCAUUCAGCCACAUAACAACAACAACAUUGAUAACUAACUCAGUAGUUAAUAUGCUCAGGUGCUAUUCUGAGCAUUUACAUUUAUUAACUCACUUUAUUCUCACAAAUAGUCUUUGAGGUAGGUACAAUUAUUUUCACCAUUUCACAUGAGAGAUACUUCUAUCUUUUUACAUACACAGAGACCUGAAGCACCUUGAUCAAGUUCCCACAGCUGUGAAGUAGUAGGGCUAGCUUCCAAUCCAGAAAGUCUGGAUCCAAGACUGUUUAUCCGCUGUCCUAUACACCUUAUUUUGUGAAGCAAAAGACAAAGUUCAAAUUCUCCAAUAGUCCAUUGUCUAGUAAUGGAGCCAGAUCUAUAUUUCUAUAUAUAAUUACAACACAGUGUGGUGGGUACCUGUACUAUUUACUGUCUCUACUUGGACUCAUUCCAUGGCAAUGCUCACACAAAAAAUGCCCCCCCCCGAGAUCUUAUAUUUUCUAUUUAUUAUAACACUCACCAUAUUUUAUAUUUUUAUAUAUUUUGGGAAUUCUCUUAGUAUUAGUGAACUUCCAUGCAGAUGACCACAUCUAAUUCAUUAUUAUUAGUGUUAUUCAUGCUGGACCUCAGGUACAAAAGGUUAAGAACUUCUCAGUUCAUUAUACUAUCAUCAUUGGUGCCUCCGAGCUCUCUCUCUCUCUCUUGAUUAAUUUGGUCCCUUUUAUCUCUAGUCCUUACUCCCAUAUCUAACCUCUUACCCCUACCUCAUAGGUAAACAUUUGAAUGAAUUUGAUGUUUCCUUUUAUUUGCAUAGAUCCUGUACAAUAUGUAGUAGUGUCCAGUGUACAUGUAUUUUUAAUUAACCAAAAUGGCAUUAGAUUAUAGAUCUAAUUUUGUACAUCCAGUUUGUUUCUUCCAAAUCCUCCAUAGUAUUCUACUCUAUACUUCCAUGCAUUAGUCCAUUUUGCAUUGCUAUAAAGGAAUAUGUGAAUUUACCUAAUUUAUGAAGAAAAGAGCUUUAAUUGGCUCACAGAUCUGCAGGCUGUACGAGAAACAUGGCACCAGCAUCUGCUUCUGUUGGGGGAUUCAGGAAGCUUUUACUCAUGGUGGAAGGCAAGUGGAGCCGGUGCAUCACAUAGUCAGAAAGGGAGAAAGAGAGAGUGAAAGAGGUGCCAGGCUCUUUUUAACAACCAGGUUUCAUGUGCACUAAUAGAGUGAGCACUCACUCAUUACCCUGGAGAGAGCACCAAGCCAUUCAUAAGGGAGUCUCCCCUGUGAUUCAAAUACCUCCCACCAGGCCCCACCUGCAAUAGUUGCAGAUCAGUUUUCAACAUGAGACUUGGAAGGGACAAAUAUCCAAAUCAUAUCAAUCCACAUAUCUAUAUUGCUCCUGGGAUACCUGGAUCAUCCCUGGUUCUCUACUAUUGCAAGCAAUGCUUGUAUCUCACAUGGACCUGCGUAUGCAUGUAGACCUGACCUGCAUCCCUGGAAUGUAUGUAUCCUAGAAAGGGGCUGCAGGGUCUCUGGAGAUGCAGCUCCUUAAUUUGACCAAGUAUUGCUCAUCUGCUCAUCAGAAUGGCUGUACUCAUCUGUACUUCCUUUGUCAGUACCUGAAAUGUCCUGCAACUCCUAAAUGCACAUCAACACUGGACAUUAUCCAGUUUUCUAACUUUUGCCAGUUUCAUUUGCAUACAGAAAUAUGCUGUUUUACUUUACAUUUCUUUAAUUACUUAUAAUUGGGGCUAUAAUUGGGACUGAUUAGCCACUUGGGGGUUCCUUUUCUAUAAAUUGCCUGUUCACAUUCUAUGCUCAUUUUUGUACUGUGGGUGUCUAUCUUUUUCUCAUUGAUUUGCAGGAUAUCCUUAUAUAGUCCUGCUAGUAGUCCCUUGUCAGUUUUAGGCAUUGCAAAUGUUUUCCCCUAAUCUGAUUUCUGGCAACUUUCUCCUUGGUUUCCUUUAUUGAAGAUAAAUCCUUAGUAUUUUGUAAUGAAGUCCAUCAACGGUUUUUUUUGUUUGUGUGUGUUUUUUAAAAGAAGUCUUCCCUAUACUGAGAUAUCAAAGAUACUCUUAAAAUAUCUCCUAUAGUUUUAAAUUUCAAAUUUAUUACUUUAAUUCAUCUGGGAUUCACCUUUGUGUUUGAUGGGGAUCAUGUUUUAUUUUUCUCUAUAUAAAGGGCCAGUGUUCCCAGAACUACUAAAUAGUUCACAUUUUCCCCAUAAGUUUGUGGUGUCUCUUUGCUAUACUGAAAGCUCCCAUUAGAGGGGCCUGUGUCUGAGUUCCAUGUUGUUCCACUGUUCUGUUUGUCUCUUCUUGUGUCAGUAUCCUAGUGUUUUGAUUACUAUGACAUUGUAGUGUGUGUUAGUAUCCAAUAGGACAAAUUCUUCUUUAUUUUUCUUUGUUCACACACAUUUAUAAUUAUAUCUAUAAUGAUUUAUAAUAGAAUGAAGUGAAUGGAGAAUGUCAGAUGUUAAGAGGAAGUAUGGAAAGGAGGGCUGGGACUAGGGUGAUGUAAGGGAUGCACUUGACUUAGGUGCAAAAUUUGGGGGAUACCAAAAGAAUCCAGUGAUAAAAGUAAAUCAAAUUUUAAUGAAAUAUCUUGAAAGAGCAAAAUUAAUGCAAAGAUACAUGAUUAACCAAAUAUCAAAAGAGAAGUAUUUAACGAAAAUGGAGAAGAAGCAGAGAGGCAGAAGAAUUAAGAGAAUAUGUUGUCACAUAAGCCAAGGAAUUAAAGAAUUCCAGGAAGGAGGAAGUACUGCUGUCAGAUGUUCGACAGAGAUCAUUUUAGAGAAUUUACCUUGGCUUUGAAAUCCUUUCAAAGAGCAGUUUACACAAUGUGAGCAAGUAUCCUUCCUUCAUUGCCUUCAUUGAUAUGGUUUGGAUGUUUGUCCCUUCCACGUCUCACUCCAGAGUUAAGCUUCUUCCCUGCCCUCAGUAAUGUGGCCCUUCUCCUUGUCAGGAUAUUUUGGAGACAUGAAGCAUAUGGGGUGCCCUCAAAGUUAGCUGGAGUUUGGGGGUUGAAAUUCAAUGACUUUAGGGAACUCCUUCGCUUCUAUGUGCUGUUCAUCUGGAGGACCAGGGCGUGUGCACAGAUGACCACCUUCUCCCUGGGACCUGAACAGGGCAGAGAAAUGGGAAGAUCAGAUACAAAGGGAGUGGGGAAGAUGGGUCUGGGCUUACAGUACUGAACCCAGGAAUGACAGUAACCAUGUGUGUUGCUGCGGGUGACAAAAUAUCUGAACAGAAGAGGACUUAGGAGAGAUCUGAACUUCAGCUGCUCUACAAACUACAUCUCAGCUUUUCUUCUCACUUCAUGUGUUCACUACCCCAGUGGCUGACUGAAUUGCUGACCCUUCAUACUGUGUGCUUAUCUGUUACCUUAAAGCAGUCAUUCUUUAGCAAAGUUCCCAACAAAUAGAAGGUGAUGAAUAAAUGUGGAUACUUUUGUAACACUGAUAUGGAGAUUAUCCCUUCAUUGAGCCUUUUAUCCUCUGGUCUCCUUUGAAGAAACUUCACUGUCACUUUCCCAAGAAUACCCUAAGAUCAAUAAAUACUUCAGUAUGUCAGA